GCGGCCUCUGCUUCCCAGUUCAGGCUAGCGUUCAGGACUUUCAGUUUCUCUUUCAGACGGUAAACUGCCAGUAGGGGUAAAAGCGAAAUUAGAAUCUGGGAGAGAUGGAUGGUGACUUUUGACAGAGAGAUGAUUACGGAUUAGGGCUAAGUAACGUGCUGGAAUCCCAGGGCAGGUCUUUAUUAAAUUAAACCCAUCCAACGAGAAAAGCGAAGGCAACGAAACUCUCCCAAACCGGUCGUCUUUAAGAUAUGAAUCUCCGUGUUCCUGGCAAAGUGGAGUACUCUCUCUGUUACCGCAGGGGUCAAGUCUCAAUGGGUUGACUUCCGAACAGCUGUUGACCAGUGCCCGCCGCAAAAGAGCGCGCAAAGCGCAUCCCCUAGCAACGUUUAUGGCGGUGUUGCUGGGAGUUGUAGUUUGCAUGUACCCGAAGCGCCUGCGCGCAAGCUCACAGGGACUGUAGGAACUACAAUUCCCAGGAGUCAUUGGAGCAGAUCUGGGCGGGACCAGUUUAGGAGGCGGGGCUCUGGCUGCCGCGGUGGUUGUGGCGGCUCAUUCGUAAAUGCCGGGACUUCUAAGUAGUGACUGUAUCACUGGCCGGAGCGGUCUGAACCGCUGUGUCUUCGAAGAACGGUAACUGGUGGGCGAAAGGAGCCGAGAAGCCCGUCUGCCGCCUGGUUCCUGAGAGGCCAGCCUGGGCUUUGGGGCUGGCAAGGCGCGGAGGGCUGGGCGCCUGCGGGCGGCGGUGGUUCCGGGGCUUAAGCCUGCUUUGUUCUUCCGAGCACCGGGGAGAUCGGUCCUCAAGGAGGUGUUGGAAGUCAGUAGGUGUUCUGGCUUUCCCAGUGUUUGAAUUGGGUCAUUAGAUUAAAAUGUUCCUGAUGCCAGACUCUUCAGAGUUAAACAGUGGGCAGAACUUCCUAACCCAGUGGAUGACCAGUCCCUCUCGGGCUGGGGUCAUACUAAAUCGAGGAUUUCCUAUUUUGGAAGCAGAUGAGAAGCAAGCAGCGACAACUGAUUCUACCAGCUUCCCUGUUAAGGCCACCCAUUUCUCAAAUAGCUUCAGUAUUAGUAGUGAAGAGGACUCAUUUCACGAAGAACAGAAGUUGGAGGCUGGAGGGCCUUAUACACCAUGGUCCAAAAACCCUGAAGCUCAUCCAGUCUUUCCUUCAGUCAGAAAGGAACCAACAGCAGCAUGUCAGGAUGCCCCGGGACGCCAGGAGGAGAGCAACAAUGACUUUAUGCCUGAUCUCACAAGUGAAUUCAAAGAAGUGGCUAAUAAAAACCCACUUUUUAAAAAACUGGAACAGCUGAAAGAGAUCCAGCAGAAGAAGCAGGAGCAGCUGAAGAGGCAGCAGCUGGAACAGCUGCAGAGGCUCAUGGAGGAGCAAGAGAAGCUGCUCACCAUGGUGUCUGCACAGCACUUGUUUCCAGGUACGUUACUGCCUGAUGAUGAGAGCCAGAAGCAUCUAUCUCCAGGAGAUUUAACCUUAGGAGAGAAGGCCACUCUGCCACCACACAGCUGCCCAAAUCCAACCCAAGAAAACUCCCGUGCUUCCAACAUUUUACCUGAUGAACAAAGUAAUUUCUGUAGAGCUACUCAACAAGAUUCUGUUUUAAGUUCAAAAAAUCCUUCUGAUUUGUUUUAUGAGUCACAAUAUCGAGACGUACACGUGAAAAGAAAUGAUUUAAAGGAAGAAAGCCCUAACCACCCUUCAGGGGAAGGUGUUUUGCCACGUUGGGAAAAGAAGAUGGGGAGGAGUCAGGAAGGGAAGGAUGUGAGCUUACAAACAAAUGGAGAUUCCUCAGCAAUGGUUAAUAUUGAAGAAAGGCCGAUCAAAGCUGCCAUUAGAGAGAAGCAGCAGACAUUCGAGGACUACUUAGAAGAGCAGAUCCGACUGGAAGAGCGAGAGCUGAGACAGAAGCAGCUACAGGAAGCAGAAGGACCAUUGCUAACAAAAUCGAAACCCAAGCAACCAUUUUUAAAACGAGGAGAAGGUUUAGCUAGGUUUACUAAUGCUAAAUCUAAAUUUCAAAAGGGGAAAGAAAGUAAGCUAGCAAGUACCCAGAGCCCAUCAGAGGACCAGUCUGGGUCUAAAGUAGACAGACAGCAUUUGCAGAGGAAAACUGCUCUCAUAAAUAAAGACCUGUGUGUACCCACCCCCACUGUUAAAAAGGACAGUAAAGCUAGAUCCAAGGCUGGCUCAGCCUCACUCAGGCAGAAACCCAAAGUGACCAAGACCAAUAUGAGGGAAAGUCUCUCCCCACCAGGACUGAAAGUACAGACAGGGAAGAAAUGUGAUGGGCAGUUAAGACACCAGGUCAAAUUAGAACGGAAUGUACACGCUAAUAAUAAGGAAAAUGUACCUACAUGCAUAAAACCCUGGGACGCUGGCUGCAAAAUGUGGAGUAAGACACAGGGGAGAGAGAGACUUCCUCUUUCCACAGGACCAGUUGGCUGUGUCGUCUCUAGGAGCCCGAUACGUCAGACAGACAGACAGACAGAAUCGUCCCUUGAUUUUUCACUUCAGAAAAAAUUAGAGAAUUGGGAACGAGAAAAAGAAAAGGAAAACUUGGAAUUAGAUGAAUUUUUAUUUUUGGAACGGGCUGCUGAUGAAAUAUCAUUUUCUAGUAAUUCCUCAUUUGUACUGAAAAUCUUAGAAAGGGAUCAACAGAUUUAUGAAGGUCACAGGCUGUCUUCUACUCCUGUCAAAGCUGUGCAGCAGCAGAAGGCACAGCAGGCAGAUCCUAGGGGUCAGAGUAACCGCAGUGAGAUUCCCUGCCAGGGUGCUGCACAUGAGAACAAAAGUGAGGCCAUGCUCUUGUCUCAGGGAUCUGGGUCACCUGAUGGUUUGAGGGAGCUGUCCUGUAAACUUAGUAAGAAAGCCUUCCAAACCAGCACUUCUGAGAAUGAGAGCCGAUGGGAGGCAAGGGAUGAUGGCAUUGCUAGUGGUGAUAGUAGCACUGAGUCUGAGGAGCAGCUUGACAUUAUCAUCAAACCAUCCACCGAGGUUGGGGACAGGGUCUUCAGCAACAGAGAGGAUAGUCCACAAGUCUGUGAUGCCAAAGGACCUUUUAGGGACACCGGGGCUCAAGAAGAUAAAUGGAGAGAUGCAGACCUGGAUCUGUCUGAUAAAGAGUGUAGUAGUGACGAGUCUGUCAUAAUUGAAAGCCUGAACAAUAAAGUAUUGGAACCACUGAGACUGCACUCUUCUCAAAGUAAAAUUGACUUUGAUGAUGAAAGAUCUUGGACAGACCUUGAGGAGAAUCCAUAUCAACAUGGUGUUAUUCCCAGAGAGGAAGCCAUAUAUGGUACACUCCAGACACAGUGCCACAGUAAGAGUGAAGGAUGUGUUCUGGACAAAACAAUAAAAAGGAAGAUUGCACCAGUCAAGAAGGGAGAAGACUUCCAGUCUGACAGGAGCACAAGCCCUCCUCCUCCAUCUGAUUUGAUGGUAAAAUUCUUCCCUUCUUUGAAACCAAAGCCAAAAUUAGAUUCACACUUAGAAAAUGAACCCAAGUUAAACCUGAGUCAAGAUCAACCACCAGGUGACAGUGUUCGAUCUCAGGUUUUAAGAGAGAAAGUUACUGAAUUGGAAUCAGAAAUAGAAAAAUUUAAAGCUGAGAACACAUCUUUAGCUAAACUUCGAAUUGAACGAGAAAGUGCCUUGGAAAAAUUGAGGAAAGAAAUUGCUGACUUUGAGCAACAAAAAGCAAGAGAACUGGCUCGAAUAGAAGAGUAUAGAAAGGAGGAGACGAGGAAACUACAAAAGGAGCGCAGAGUCUUCGAGAAGUACACAGCAGCUGCAAGAACAUUCCCAGAUAAAAAGGAGCGUGAAGAAAUACAGGCUUUGAAACAGCAAAUAGCAGAUUUACAAGAAGACUUGAAAAGGAAGGAAACAAAAUGGUCAAGUACACACGGUCGCCUCAGAAGCCAGAUAGAAAUGCUAGUCAAAGAGAAUACAGACCUCCGAGAAGAGAUAAAAGUAAUGGAAAGAUUCCGACUGGAUGCCUGGAAGAGAGCAGAAGCUAUUGAGAACAGUCCUAAGGCCUGCCAGUACAUGACAGCCACAAAAAAGGAUGAGCCCAUGAACUCAUCAAUUCAGUUGCAAAAGAGUCAUGUUUCUUCAGGAGUCCAGGGAGAAAAAUAUAAGAAAAAAUAUUUGCCAGCACAAGGAAGUCCAUCUAGAAGAUCCAAGUCUGUGCCUCCUCGUGAUUUAGGCAGCUCUGAUAAAGGACAAGCUGCCUUGCCCAGAGAGCCUCUUCAACAAGUGAACUUCCCAGACCUUGAACAUAAAAACAAAGAGGAAAAAGAGGAAGAAAUUCAGGGAGAAAUCAGUCAUCCUGAUGGAAAGGUAGAAAAAGUUUAUAAAAAUGGGUGCCGGGUUGUUCUAUUUCCCAAUGGAACUCGGAAAGAAGUGAGUGCGGAUGGGAAGAGCAUCACUGUUACAUUUUUCAAUGGUGAUGUGAAGCAGGUCAUGCCAGAUGAGAGAGUGGUCUAUUACUAUGCUGCUGCCCAGACCACGCAUACCACAUACCCAGAAGGACUUGAAGUCUUACAUUUCUCAAGUGGACAAAUAGAAAAGCAUUUCCCAGAUGGAAGAAAAGAAAUCACAUUUCCUGACCGGACCAUGAAGACUUUAUUUGUGGAUGGUCAAGAAGAAAGCAUCUUUCCAGAUGGCACAAUUGUCCGAGUACAACGUGAUGGCAACAAAAUCAUAGAGUUUAAUAAUGGCCAAAGAGAGCUCCAUACUGCCCAGUUCAAGAGACGAGAAUAUCCUGAUGGGACUGUUAAGACUGUCUAUGCAAAUGGUCAUCAAGAGACAAAGUACACAUCUGGCCGAGUUAGAGUGAAGGACAAAGAUGGUAAUGUGCUAAUGGACACAGAAAUGUGAAGAUCUUUGUGUGAUUAAUCAUGAAGUAACACUAAGUGCUUUUUCUGCUCAGAGUAUGUACAUUUCUUAUGUGUUCAGAUUAAUUUAUAUAAUGUGUGUGUCUAAAUAAAAAGAUUAUGUUUGAAUUUUAAAAUUAAAGUUUUGCCAUA